AGACAACUGAUGCAAUUUCGUCAGUUCGAGUUUAGAUUUCAUCGGGAGAAUGACUUUUUAUAUUCGUCGCUAUGUGAUAAGAGAAACGGAGCAAAUGGCGUAGGAUCCAUUUUCGCCUACACAUUUUCUAUGGCGGCCAAUGGCAGAUUAUCUUCCAAAGGCAUUGUGCUACAUGUUCUUAUCAUAACCGUCAUAACCUAUAAAUAUUCUGAUAUUUUAAAAAUAUACAAGACAUAGUUUAAUAUAAUUUUAAAAAAUGUAUAAGCGCGCAGCGACUGGUAGUGCAGUAGUAUUGGCAAGAAAUCUCGGAUUUGUCAAGGACUCAACGUUUGUAAAUGUAAGAAAUAAAAAGUUUAGUUCGGUGACACAAAAUUCCCGAUAUAAACCAUUAACUCCAAUAAACACUAUCAUAAUGUUUGUUCCUCAACAACAGGCAUGGAUUGUAGAAAGAAUGGGAAAAUUCCAUAAAAUUUUAGAACCAGGUUUAAAUAUUUUAUUUCCCGUUGUCGAUAAAGUUAAAUAUGUACAAAUUUUGAAGGAAAUGGCGAUAGAUGUACCACAACAAAGUGCAGUUACAUCAGAUAAUGUGACUCUAAGUAUUGAUGCUGUAUUAUACUUAAAAGUAACUGAUCCUUAUUUAACAUCUUAUGGUGUUGAAGAUGCUGAAUUUGCUAUAAUUCAAGUAGCGCAAACCACCAUGAGAUCUGAAUUAGGAAAAAUACCUUUAGAUAAAGUAUUUAGGGAGAGAGAAGAAUUAAAUGUUUCUAUUGUUGAAAGUAUUAACAAGGCCAGUAAUGCUUGGGGAAUAACAUGUUUACGAUAUGAGAUACGCGAUAUAAGAUUACCACCACGGGUGCAGGAAGCAAUGCAAAUGCAAGUAGAAGCCGAACGGAAGAAACGUGCUGCUAUAUUAGAAUCUGAAGGUGUUAGAGAUGCUGAAGUAAAUGUAGCAGAGGGCAAACGACUUGCACGAAUUUUAGCUUCAGAAGCAGCAAGGCAAGAACAGAUAAAUAGAGCUACUGGAGAAGCUGCUGCAGUAGUAGCGGUAGCAGAGGCACGAGCAAAGGGAUUACAAGUAGUUGCAAAUGCUCUUGGUGCGACGGACGCAAAAAAUGCGGCAGCUCUAAGCAUAGCAGAACAAUAUGUCAAUGCAUUCAACAAAUUAGCAAAAGUUAAUAACACAUUGAUAUUACCGAGCAACGUAGGAGAUGUUUCGACAUUUGUAGCACAGGCAAUGGCAAUUUAUAAACGAGUAAUGCCCGAACAUAAUACUAACAAUGAGCAAAUAAAACAAGUAACGGAUAACCAUAAAUCACAUGCAGUUCAGAUGGAAGAUUCAGAUGAAACUUUUGAGUAUUUCAGUGAUAAAGAAGAAGCUGAGAAGCAUAGAAAAACAGGAAAAUAAAAUCUGCAAUAAAAAUGUAUUUUCAUUAUUUCUGUUUUUCAUAUUAUUUAAGAUUCGCCAUGUAAAUAUUAUAAUAUAUAAUCAUACAUUAUUCCUAACAUGAACAUUUCAUCAAUCAAUAUUUUUUUUUAAGGGCUACAAAUUAAUAAAUUCU